GAUUGUGUCGCGCUUGGCAUCUCGCGAGAUUUGAUCGGCAAAACUAAUCGUUCCGCUAGGAAAAUGGCGAAAAUGACCUGAAGACGUCCCUUCUUUUUCCACCUCCCGUUUUGUUUUGUCUGUCCACGAAGCAAGCCGUGGCUUUGCAGAUUGCUGUUUUUCUCCAGAGAGCGAAGAUCCUAAAACGGUCGGCUGAAGGUUUCCGUGACGACGGCAGUGGUGCUGUGGGAUGAGGUAGUAGUUUGUAUAGUUUUAGGAUCACACCAGAUCUGGGAGAUAACUAUACAUCCUACUGUCUUUCUCACGGCAACCAAAGCAUCCCGCUCGCGUGACAGCCAUUUUGGGAAUACAACUUUCAUUCCAUUUAAUUGAAAAAACUCGACACUCAACUUGCUCUCCAGAAUAAAAUCCCAUGUUUGAAAAUGUCUGAUUUGGACUCUUUAUUACGUACGAGUGAAAUGAUGAUUUUAGACUGCCCGUGAAGGCAACACCUGGUAUUCACAUAAAAUGAAGGACAGUCCGAUUGUCUUUAUCCGAUGAUUUCUAGUAGAGGUGCACGAUAAUUAUCGGUCCGAUAAUUAUCGGUCCGAUAAUAGGAUUCAUGACGUCAUCCCAAUAAAUCCGAUAACAUUAUAUAUUAUCGGCCCUAUUAAUAAUAUUUUUGGCACGGUGUCAGAUUGUGAUGUGUGUGUUUGUUUCCACUUCUGAUUUUCCAGUAUGCAAAGUUUUGUUACUGUCUUUGUUUUGUUCAUUAUAAUAAUGUUCAUGUCAUCAUGAAAAUUCCGGUUCGGUCAAAGGCAAAUCUAUGCUAAAUCAACCACUAGUAUUUUUUACCUACAGGUGUUCAAAAACUAAGGUGAAUAUACAUAGAAAAAUUAUAUAUAAUUGGUCAUCGUAUUGGUAUCGGCCUUGAGGAGCAGGAAGUUAUCGAUAUCGGUUUCAAAAAAUGGAUAUCGUGCACCCCUAAUUUCUAGUAUAAGAGUGCAAUUGCCUGUACGUGCCUUUAUUGCCAAUGAGUCAUUACUUUAAUGGUGAUCGAUAACGAGCAUUCUGAUUAUUUCAAUGACUCGUUUUUGUUGUCUUAUCAGGAUAGGCAAAACAUUUUAUCUACCUUUCAAUAACUUAAAUCUGUAUACUAUUUUUUUAUAUAUUUUUUUUAUUAGAAUAUGAUCAUGAUUAUAAUUUGGCACAGUAGAGCAGCACAAUCUUUUAUCCUAAUGUUACAAUGAUAAAGGCUAUUUUGUUGUUGUUCACUAAAACGAAUGAAUUGAUGAAAUGGAGAAUUGACUAAACAUUUUCGUUAUCUGAAAUAAAGACUAUGAAGAGAAAAACUGGAUUGUCUGUUCAAAAAACCAGUUUAAUAAAAAAUGAACACUUUUUCUUAAAAAUUGAAGUAAAUGCAAAUUGACACCUUAAAAAAUUCAGAUUUUCCAGGUGACCAAAAAAAUACGCACUUUACUGUUUUAUAUUUAAGAACAAUUAAAAAAAAAAAAAAAAGUAAAAAUAAAAUGACUCCGGGCCUUUUAAGUGAGUGACAAUAUAAAAAGAAGUCUGAAGAGGUAAAGAUAAUACUUUUUAAAGUCCUAACUAUAUCCAAUUUAAUUUUUUUUAAAUUGCUAUUUUUUUUAAUUUCAAAAAAGUGGGGAAAUUUUUGAAUAUUUACAAUCAAGUCAUUGGCUGCCAUUAACGGCGGUAGAUAACGGCUUUCUCAGCUUCAUGUAGCCGACAGUCAAAUUUAACAUGUUGAACUGUGAUAGCUCAUGUUUUGAAAUGAAUGACUUCAUGUUACAAGAAGGUAAUGUAAUUUUUUAUUACGCUUCUGCAAAAUUAGACUAAACUCGUGAUAGGACAUUUUUACGUAUAAACAUUCGGGAUACACUUUUGUUAACUAGUGUUAACAUGUAAAUCCGAGUGUCUCAGAUUGAUGACGUAAACAAGCGCGACUGACAGGAAAAAGUUGAGAGUUGUCUGCGGUUCAAUUAGCUUCGCUCAAAAAAAGCGCAUGUCUCGUAUGCCUCACGAACUACAAUCACUGAAAACUAUUUCUAUCGCUAAAAAGCUCCAGUUUUAUCCAAGUAAACACUUUACAUUUGGAAAUUAUCUGAGCGGUCGUGACUCGUGCUACCUGGAAAUGUCUUGUUGUUCUGGUUGGAGGAGUCGUCAGAUUUGACGCAUAGUGAUGAGUCUCUCAUUUACGGGAUCUUUGGCUAGCUGUGACGUCAUAGCUGCCUCCAAUCCAACAUGGCGAACAUUCGGUGUGUCAAGGGAAUGGUGGGCCUGGUGACAGGUGGGGCGUCGGGACUGGGCCGGGCCACCGUGGAACGUCUGGUGCGGAGUGGGGCGGCCGCCGUCAUCCUCGACCUUCCCUCCUCCGAGGGACAAGCGCUGGCGACCAGUCUGGGCGACAGAUGUGCCUUUGCGGCGGCAGAUGUGACGUCCGAAGCGGACGUGCAGUCAGCGGUCAACUUGGCGCGUGACAAGUUUGGCAAACUGGACCUGGCGGUCAACUGCGCCGGCAUCGCCGUUGCUGUCAAAACGUACAACUUCAAGAAGGACGUCCCACACACCCUUGAAGACUUCCAACGCGUUAUCAAGGUGAACAUCGCGGGAACGUUCAACGUGAUCCGGCUGGCAGCUGGCGCCAUGGCCAAGAACGAGGCGGACGCCGACGGCCACCGGGGAUGCAUCGUCAACACGGCCAGCGUGGCCGCUUUCGAUGGACAGGUCGGCCAAGCGGCGUAUUCUGCAUCCAAAGGCGGCAUCGUUGGUAUGACGCUUCCCAUCGCUAGAGAUCUGGCCCCCAUGGGCAUCAGGGUCAUCACCAUUGCGCCCGGUCUGUUUUCCACGCCGCUCCUGGCUGGGCUGCCGGAAAAGGUGCGCUCCUUCCUGGCUCGCCAAGUGCCCUUCCCGUCGCGUCUCGGAGACCCGGCCGAGUUUGCCCACUUGGUGACGGCGCUGGCCGAGAACCCCAUGAUUAACGGCGAGGUGAUCCGAUUGGACGGCGCCAUUCGCAUGCAGCCCUGAUGUGCCUUUUCCACCGCCGGCACUGUGGAAAGUCACGCGUUCUUCUCAUCACGUCGUUUGCUCGUAAAAAUAAAGGUUAUUGAUCAGUUUUUGAAUAAAAUGACUGAGUUUUUAUGAAGUGAAGUACACUGCGUUUUUUGUAAAUUGUAAUAUUACAAGAUUAAACUUGUAACAUUAGUACAAGAUUACAGUAGUAUUGGUACAAGAAAAAAGCUUUAACAUUACGAGAAUGAAGUCACGUUAUAAUUUUACAAG